UUUUGAUGUUGUGACACUGUUGAUGUAUUUUUAUACGUUAUGAAUGAAAUAAAUAAACAAAUAAAAAGGAUAAACAGGUCACAAAAUAGAUAAAAAAUGUGCAUAUUACUGCUACUACUACUCCAACUACCAUGCUGCUCUUAAACAUAGGGCCCAUUGGUUGUAAACUGGAUACUGCUACUAAAAUCAAAACCGUGGGUACAUUUUCUUGCUUUUUAUUCCAAAACUUUGAAUGCCAUGAAUCUGACUGUCUUACCAUGGUGCCUGUUUAAACUACUUACUGUCAAGUGUGCAUAAAGCCACUUUGUCUGCAAAACUAAGGAAAAGUUCCCCUUUUAAAAGUUGUGACCGGGGGAGGGUUUUUGAGCACAGAUUCAGACUUCCUUCCUUCAGAAUGAGCGAAGAACUCCAGAAGAUUUCAGCCCAGGUUUUUGUUUAAAGCUGGUAUUUGCAGUUUUUUCAGUGGGAUCAGACAAUAACACACCAGGAUGUGGAUACAGGAUGAAGAAGACUAUUCAGCGUCAGAGUCUGAUGGAAGCUUGGAAGAUGAGGGACAGAUACAGUGCGAGAUCCUGGAAAGGCAACGUGAUGAAGCUAAUCAGAAACUGUCUGAAUUGGAGGAAGUGUCCAGUCAGCUGCUGAAAGAAAUGAACAUGCUGGAGAUUCAGUUUCAGAUUGAGCGUUCAUGCAGAGAGUCAGCAGAGGCUCUGGCUGUCAAGGUAACCAGAGAGAACAGUGUACUGAAGCGACAGAGCCAGAUGCUGCUGCCGCUGAUCCCAGAACUGCCCGAAAACUUCUCCAAAGACCUCAGUGUGUCCCUCAGUCAAGACCAGUGCGUGAGUCUGACUGAAGACGUGUCUGUUGUGACCUUUGACCCCGUGCUGGAGGGGGUAAACGGAGCUGACGAGUGCGACGCAAGGGGAGUGGUGGGCGACAAUCUACUACUGCAGAGCCAGGCCAAGAUCACAGAGCUACAGGCCUCAGUGGACGGACUUCUGUCUGAAAAACUACAACUGGAAAACCAAGUGGAAUUUUUGACCAAAGAACAAACGAUGCUUAAAGAACAGCUGGAAAUGGAGGUGCAGGAGAAAGAAGCAAUAUUGAGAAGAAUGAAUAAACAAAGCAAAACUAUGAAUAAAAUCAAAAGAGUGUCCGAGCUCGUCACAGAGGAGUUCACGGAGAUGUCUCAGAGACUGGAGCUGGAGCAGGGCCUGAGGCAACACGCCGAGGUCUGGGCCGUCCAGAUGUUAGAAGCACAGAAAAUAAACCCUGCGACAAACCAUGAGACCAAUGUGCAGCUCCAAAAUACCAAUGUGCAGCUCCAAAAUGCUUUAGAACAAAUAUCGCAAAUGAGUGUCGCCUUGAGAAACAUACAACAUAGCUACCAGAAUCAGGUUAACCAGGGUUCACAUGAUGCAGAGGAAGUGGCCUUGAAAUGUGAGCUGCAGGAUUUGAAAGAGAAGCUAAAAACCUGUGACGAUGAGAAGAAAGACCUGGAAAUUAAACUGUCUGAGGCCAGCAGAAAAGUUAAUGUGCUACAACAAGAAGUGAUACAGUUAAAAGAUUAUCAGACAGCGAUGAUGUCCAGAGGUGAACCAGAGGAACAGAAAACUCCCACUGCUGGGGUCCCUCCACCUCCUCCUCCGCCCCCUCCUCCUCCUCCACCUCCUCCUCCUCCACCUCCUGUGAACAAUACACUUGAAAUUCUGAAACAAAGACGCAAAGAAUCAGCAGCUAAAAGUGCUGGAGAGAAGAAUGGGACACCCUUUGCAGAUAUGAAGUCAAUGGCAGUGACUGAAAUGAUGGAAAGGAUCAAGAAAGGAAUCGUGUUAAGACCAACCAACACAGUGCUGGAUGAUGGCAUAUGGAAGGACCAACAAAGUGAAAACCGAAAAUCAGCCAUUGUGGAACUUAAAGGAGUCUUGAACACCUUGAAACGAAAGCCCCAUCGCAGACAGUCCUCCAGACGAGGUUUGGGCAGAAAUGUGGGAGAGACAGAGCUGCUGUCUGUGCUACAGAGGAGGAGGAGGGCCAUGGAGGACCCCCCACAACCACUGGAAUCUACACAGUCUCAAGAUGCAGCCAGCUCAGUGAAACCUGAGCAUGUUUCAUGGUUCAGUGACAGUGGAUCUGCUCCUGUGCUGCGGAGACUCACACAGAACAGAAACCAGCGCGACUCCAGAAUCAGAGCCUCAGCUUUGCUCAUCAACCCAGGAGAAACUGCAAAAUAGGCUACAGUCAUAUUACAACACAACAUUAAAGAAAUCAUGGGCUUUGGCUUUCUGUUAUCCAUGGGUUUCAGAAUCAUUAAAAAUUAAGAUUGUUGCCAUAACAAUUACAACUCUGCAACAAACUAUUGUAGCUUUAGAACAGGGAAAAGUCCUCAAAAUGCUGCAUAACAGUAAGAUGAAACUCAUGAAUAAGUGCAAUUUUAUCAUCAUUCUGAAAUCCAUGGAUAGUUUAAAAUUGAGCUGAAGGACAGGUCAGAUUUUUAUGUUGGAAUUUGCUGUUUAUCUGAUUUGAUUGCAGAUUUCUUGACCCAGCCUGUCCACAUUAAAGAAAAACUGUCAUAUAAUUCAA